CUUCGGCUUAUAGUUUGAUUGGCCAGAUGAGCUACAAUAGCAGUUGAAAUAAGAUUAGAGCACGUAUAAAUAACAGCAAUCGAACUUUCAUCGCGUACACGUGGCAUUGGCCUCACUAUCACGCAAACUGACGCGGCCACUAGAAAGCACACGGAGGCUAUUUCCGUCAUUCUAGUUAUAAAAUCUGGUCAUUGCAGUUUCAAUUCAACCGCUAGCAUUCGUCUUCUCUUUUAUUCCGUCGGCGAGAACCAUAUAUUCCGGCCACAUGCAUAGCCCACGGUCUCCUUUCCUUGGUUCUUAUCAGAACCGAUCGUCAAUCUUUUCUCUUUCUUGAUCGAAUCUGGACGGUCUCUUUCUCAUCCAAGACCAAGAAACCAAUAGAUAAGGAGGGAGACUCAAAUGGAGGAGAUGAAGAUUCUAGAGAUCAACUUGAUCUCUGCGCAAGGUCUAAAGCCGCCGUCCGCCAACAUACGUCGGAUGCAGACAUAUGCUGUUGUUUGGAUCGAUUCCUCCACUAAACUCCGGACACGAGUUGAUCGUGUUGGUAGCGGGGACCCUAUCUGGAAUGACAAGUUCCUCUUCAAAGUCAGUCCUGAGUUCCUCGCCGGCGAAACAUCCGGUGUUUGUGUCGAAAUCUACGCUGUCGGUUAUCUCCGUGAUGCACUCCUCGGCACCGUUCGUUUACUCAUUAGCAACAUCCCACUAUUUUUACCUAAUGAACGAAUGAGGACUCCUUCCUUCAUUGCUCUCCAGAUUCGCCGUCCUUCUGGAAGAUUCCAAGGGUUGCUUAACAUCGGUGCUGUUAUAAGCGACGGCUCUGAUUUUGCAUCCUUCAACGGAGUAUCGGCCAUCAGUUAUCGUGAUCUUGUGGGAGAGAAUAAUCGUCGCCGGCGCCGCUGUGAUUUAAAGAAGUCGACCUCGACAGUAGAGGAUGGUCAUGGCGAGAAUUUCUGUGGAGAUUCGGGAGACAUUUCUGAUGGCGCUGAUUCCACGACUUCUUCGUCGUCAGCCGCAUCGACGGCUUUGAAAGACUGGAACGGAGUUAGAGAUUCGGUGCACUUGAGGUCGUCAUCUGACGGUGGAGGGCUAUUUUGUGGGUUGCUGCUACAUCGGAGGCUUCCAAUAUGCUUUUCUGCCCAGAAUCUUCAGGUAUAUGGUGAAUCUGAGAAAGAGAAUUGAUGAAUGGGUGCGUUGAUAGAACUCUUUUAGUUUUGACUAGAAUGAUAUGUGCUGAGGCCAUUCGUUUUGACACUGUUCAGUCAUAGAUCAGUAUCUUUGGAUUUGACCUUGUUGUCAACGGAGGGUAUAAUCUAAUUCUAAUCUCUGUCCUUCAUCGAUAGUCUUUAGUCUAAUUCGUUUUGACUUCGAGUUGAAUGGAAGUCAGAUUUAGAGUCAGUGGCCUUUUGCAUGUAAUUUUUUUCCUUUUUAUAAAUUGAAUGAAUACAAUUUAAACAA